GUUGCGCCGGAGCCCCGGCUUGUCUGGGCCGGGAGAAGCGCUCGCCUUGCCUUUUUUUCCCGGCUCCUUCUCCCCCCUUCACGUCCCUCCCGCCCUCCUUCCCUCCCCGCCUCGCCGCCUCCUGCCUUUUCCCCCCCGUCUUUUCCCGAAUCCUCCGAGAGGGGGGCGGCGGGGAGCCCGGAGGAUGCUCCUUGGGCUCCCCCCCCCCCCCCCCCAAAAUAAAAAAACCCUGGGCGCCCGCCGGCUUCGGCGCUGGGCUUGAACCGGAGGAGGAGAAGGAGGAGGAGGAAGGCUGACACCCAGAAGGGGAGACACCCAAAAAAAAAAAAAAAAAAAAAACCAAACUUUCCCAGCCGGUUUCCGGGGCACGGAGGCGAGCCGGCUUGGCGGGCAGCGGCGUGGGGAGCCCCUCGGCGGGGCGCCGUCGAGGCAUGGACGGGGGGGCGGCGGGCGGCCCCACGGAGCCCACCCCGCGCAAAAGCGGCGGCGGAGGGGCCGAGGGCGGCAAGAGCCAAGGCGGGAGCCAGCAGCCGCUCUUCUCCCUGGGUUUUGAGGCCGGCUACGCGCAGCAGCCGCAGCCCGAGGAGCGCCACGACAGUACCAGCAACGGGACAGCCCGGCUACCCCAGUUGGGGACCGUGGGUCAGUCUCCCUACACCAGCGCCCCGCCGCUCUCCCACACCCCCAACGCCGACUUCCAGCCCCCCUACUUCCCCCCCCCUUACCAGCCCAUCUACCCCCAAUCUCAGGACCCCUACUCCCACGUGAACGACCCUUACAGCCUCAACCCCCUCCACGCCCAGCCGCAGCCCCAGCACCCAGGAUGGCCGGGACAGAGGCAGAGCCAGGAGACGGGGCUGCUCCACACGCACCGGGGUUUACCCCACCAGCUCUCCGGGCUCGACCCACGCAGGGACUACCGGCGGCACGACGAUCUGCUCCACGCCCCGCACGGGUUGGGCUCGGGGCUGGCCGACCUGCCCCUCCACUCCAUCCCCCACGCCAUCGAGGACGUGCCGCACGUAGAAGACCCCGGUAUUAACAUCCCAGAUCAAACUGUAAUUAAGAAAGGCCCCGUGUCCCUCUCCAAGUCUAACAACAACGCCGUCUCCUCCAUCCCCAUCAACAAGGACACGCUCUUCGGCGGGGUGGUGAACCCCAACGAGGUCUUCUGCUCGGUGCCGGGCCGCCUCUCGCUGCUCAGCUCCACCUCCAAGUACAAGGUCACGGUGGCGGAAGUGCAGCGGCGCCUCUCGCCGCCCGAGUGCCUCAACGCCUCGCUGCUGGGCGGAGUGCUGCGGAGGGCGAAGUCUAAAAACGGAGGGAGAUCUCUGAGGGAGAAACUGGACAAAAUAGGAUUAAACCUGCCGGCCGGGAGGCGUAAAGCUGCUAACGUUACCUUGCUCACGUCGCUGGUGGAGGGAGAAGCAGUACAUCUCGCUAGAGAUUUUGGGUACGUUUGUGAGACAGAAUUUCCUGCCAAAGCAGUAGCUGAAUUUCUCAACCGACAACAUUCCGAUCCAAACGAGCAAGUCACAAGAAAAAACAUGCUUCUAGCUACAAAACAGAUCUGUAAAGAGUUCACCGACCUGCUGGCUCAGGACCGAUCUCCCCUGGGGAACUCGCGGCCCAACCCCAUUUUGGAGCCGGGCAUCCAGAGCUGCCUGACCCACUUCAACCUCAUCUCGCACGGCUUCGGGAGCCCGGCGGUGUGCGCUGCCGUCACCGCCCUGCAGAACUAUCUCACCGAGGCGCUCAAGGCCAUGGACAAAAUGUACCUCAGCAACAACCCCAACAGCCACACAGACAACAGCACCAAAAGCGGCGACAAAGAGGAGAAGCACCGAAAGUGAGGAUCCCCCCCCCCUCCCCGCCCCUGCCUCCACCCCGCUCCCCCGACACUCCUCUCCCUUCCCCCUCGCAGCCCAUCGAUCCAUUUCAUCUCCCUCCUCCCUCUCCCCUGCACCCAGCACCCCAGGCUACCGCAACAGAAUGAGCAUCCUUCUGCCAAUCCUGUUCUCUGACUCUGCGGGACAGCUUUGCCCUCUCCCCACACCCCUUCCCAGCAUCCACAUUUCCAUUUGCUCCCACUUAACUUACCCCCGCCCUCCGUCCCUGCUGCCACCAUCGUUUUACCCCAGUUUGGAGCCCAAGAGAACAGAACAGGGGGACGGAGCCAGCAAAGAAAAAAAGUUCUGUCUUGAGUUUGUGAACUUUUUUUUAAAUAAAACAAAAGGAGGAAAAAAAAAAAC